UUGCUACCUUCACUUUGGAAGUACAACAAAAGAAACUUAGCUGAAGUUGUUUUUAGUGGUUUUCCUUAGAAUAGAAAUGCAACUAUGAUUAGAAAUUUACUGUUCAUUCUCAUGGUUAUUUUGUGUUGUAGGUCACAGUAUAAACACAUGAAUAGAAGAAGAAAAUUUCUUCUUGCCUCAGUACUUGAUCUCCAGAAUUCAAGUUUUGUAUAUCCAUCAUGUCAGAAGUGCUACUCUCGGAUAAUCCUGGUCUCCAAAAGGUUUAACUGCCCAAAAUGUGGCUCUACUGGUGAAGCUGAAAAUGCCAGUUACAGAUACAAACUUUCUUUGAAAGUUGCAGAAUCAAACAAAUUGUUUGUCAUCACUGUAUUUGGGAGCUGCUUAGAUACCUUUUUUGGUCUUACUGCCACUGCUUUGCACAGGUAUAUGCAACACCUUAGUACAGUUCCAAAGAUACUGGAUAAUGAUACAACUCAGAACCUGUUAACUGAAGCAGUUGAAACAUGCUUUCUUGGACAAAGCUUUGUUUUUGGAGUGAUGAAUUUUGAAAAGCAAUGUGGACAUGGUUUGGGUUCUGGUAACUUCCUACAGCAGUGCCAUGACCACAGAAGAGAAGUCCAAGCACUGGUAGCGAGCCAGCUUGUUCAGCCAGACACCCGUGUUUCGGGCUUCACUGUGAUCGACUACUUCCAGCGUCUUUUGCAGACUUCCCAUUUAAACGAACCCAAAGGCCACUUACUUGCUGUAAAUCACUCCAGUAGUGCUCUCAGCAGCAUACCUGGCUCUGACAGCACUUCCUAUCUUUUGGAGUCCCAUAACAGUAAUAAUUUUUCAAGAUUCUGGCAGCCAUCACUUGAACUCACUUCCUUUGUCUCACAACUAGCAGAAAAUGGUGAAUUUUCCAUUUCGGAACAAAGCAUGGCCAUUGGGACGCUUCCCCAAAAUAGCAAGUGUACCUCCUUUGCAGAGAUCGCCGGGGCCCACAGCGGCCAUGAUCCCAUCCAGGGUUCAUGGAGCUUUGUUUCCCAUAUGGAUAAAAACAACACAGCAGGAAAGAUGAGCGAGGAACUUGACUUGAAAGCUGACCCACCGAAUGCAGUUCACAGGGGUUAUCCCAACAUUGGAGUUACGGACUCUACUUUACCCCCCAUCCAAGAGUACCUUGAGCCAAGUAAUACAGAAUCCUUCCUCAGUGCAGUACAGUUUAAAAGUAGUCAUUCCCCAUACGAUCAGCCACAUCACCAGCAUUUUGAUGUAGAUACCACCAGCAGCCUUCGCAAGAAAUCGACAUGCUGUCCACCUUCAUCACCCAGGCCUGAGGAGACAGCUGGCUACUGUCAGGACUGUGAUUCCAUGAUCUGGGAUGACCUGCCAUUGUCGGAAAGCCUGAACAAGUUUCUGGCUGUUAUCGAAAGUGAGAUUACUGUAACCUCGACAGAUGCCAAAAGCAGGAAGCGUGCUGUAGUAGGCAGCACCCAUAAGUGUUAUGCAGACCACAGUGGAUCGUCUGUGACUUUGCAGAUUCCUACCGGAGCAACACCACCUGUGUCUUCAUCAUUAGACACAAAUGUCAAAAAAAGCUCCAACAAAGACAACCACUUUUCCAACUGUGCACCAAGUGCUAGUAUUCAAAAAGAUUUAUACCAACAUAACACAGCAGACCCUGUUUCUUUAAACAGUAAUGAAAGCGAUAUUUCAAAAUAUUUUCUAUCAAAGACUUACCUAUCAGCUCAGUCUCCACCUUCACAAGAUUUAGAAACAACAGUUAUUCUUAAAAAGUCUUUCAGGAUUCUGUCACAUAGGGAUGAAGUUUCUCUCAGGCCCCGUACUUCAGAGAGUGACCAUUCCUACAUCAGUGCCGGAUACCUCAAUGGAUGUGAAGAAUCACACUUAGAAAGGAAUGAAAGGUUGGCUGCAUUGCGUCCCAAGAAGUACAAUGAAGUUUCUGGUCUUUGCGAAUUAGAAAAGAAGCAGUAUUACAGGUGGUCAGACAACCAAGGUGACAGUUUUACAGUCUGCAAAAGACUUACAUAUCCUUUAGAAACUCUUUGUAGUAGUCCAAAGAGAAGUACAAAUACAUUGAAAGAAAUGCCUUGUGUACAUACUGAUACGACCGUCACACAAAGCUCUUCUGCUGAUCUGAACGGUAGCUACGAUGCCUCUGCCGAUCUCUUUGAUAAUAUUGCCAAGAAUAUGGAUGCUACAACAGAAAUUACAGAGAGACCACAGGAUGCUUUGUUACCGUGGGAAACAUCUCUGGGUGGAAAUUAUCCUGCAGAGUCUGACUUUUUACCAAGAUCACUUUCUGCAAACUCCAGCCAGUCUUCACAAACAGUCUUCGUGCAAAGGCCGCCGGCCUCUAGGUAUCCAGGAACGUGCUCGCCUCCACCACACUUGCAGUCAGAUUCAGACAAUGAUGUUGAAGAUAGCCAAGACUUUGUUCCUUGUUCGCAGUCAACACCGGUUGCAGGAUUCCACCGAACAAGAAUCCAUGGGAUAAAUGGAACUUUCAGAAAUUUAACUGCAUUUUACUGCAACUUUGAUGCUAACUAUAAAAAAAUAAAGGUUCCUCCUGAAAAUGACAAGCAGCAAAUAAUUCCAGGCUGUCCAAAAAAGUUUAAAACACCUACCCAGAAAUCCAGAAGUCACAUUAUGUCUGGUAUUACACCUCCAGAGGAUUUCAGUCACUCUCCAGUCCCUGAGUACCUUGAGACUGAUAGUGGUGAAUGGGUGCCUCCUACCACACAAAAAGCGUUACUUUCUGACAUGCUUGGUUUCCAAGACGUGGCUCUGAGGAGGUGCCGCCAUGCCAAUAAUCCCUCUGACCAAAACGAGUUACCAAGGAAGAAAUGGAAACAUGUCAAACAAAGAGCUGAGAUGUGUUCAGUGAAGAAGGAACUUAAGAAUAGGACUAAAGCAACAGAUGCAAAACAGAAAACUCCUAAAUAUAACUCUAAGAGGUCAGUCUGGAAUUCCAAAGAGUCAGUUCUUGGACUUGGUUCUUUUUCAGAAGUCAGAUGUCGCCUUCCAUUUUCAGAAAACUGCCCACCUUUCAUGGCUGAGAGUACCUGGUCCCCUGAGUUGUUUUCAUAAAAAGUCAUUGAACACAAUGUUUGGGAACUUUUUGCCUCCAGUGGCAUAGGAGGUAAUUACUUACAUUUUGACCUCUUGGGAGAAGUAAAGAGAAACUUAUGGGGUAAUACUGAUCCUUUAAAAA